CACCUCCCACAGCCACAGUUGCAGGACUUUAGUUGUGUGUCAGGCGUCACUCAGGGUGGAUGCAGGCGGGUCUCUCUCCAGUGAUCUAUCACGUGACUCAACCACCCUCCACCUCCAUCAAUCCUCCACUUAGGAGUCACUCACAUCUGGUGGCGCAACAGAAGGGACUGAUGGGGAGAGCGUAACAACACUGUGGUGUGUCCUAAGGUGGAGAUCAUUAUCUGGAGGGCGUUCAAGUCACCAGUAUCCUGCUACUGUUACUCUAGUGAGCCUGACGUUCGUGAUCCUUCUGAUACUCUAGUGAGCCUGGCGUUCGUGAUCCUUCUGAUACUCUAGUGAGUCUGAUGUCCGUAAGCCUUUUGAUACUCUAGUGAGCCUGACGUUCGUAACCCUUCUGAUACUCUAGUGAGCUUGGCGUUCGUAAUCUUUCUGAUACUCUAGUGAGCUUGGCGUUCGUGAUCCUGCUACUGAUAUUCAAGUGAGCCUGGCGUUCGUGAUCCUGCUACUGAUACUCUAGUGAGCCUGGCGUUCGUGAUCCUGGCGCUACGUCAUGGACCAGCAUGUGCAGAGUGAAGUAGAUGAGAGUGGUCGAGGAGGGUAGUAAGAUGGUGGUAGUGUGGGGGUGAGGAAGGGCAUGCUACGAGGCGGGGGCUUGUGCCUGGCGGGGCCGGGGGACCCUUCCCUCAACAAGGUCUCGCCCAGGAUCAGGGCUCUGCAGGACCGCCUCAUGGACUCCCUGCCGUCUGAGGGCGCCUGGGAGUGCCUCUCCCCGGCCCAGCGGGAGGCUAUCCUCUCCAUCCACCGCUCCCGCACCGCCUCCACCGAUGACUCUAGCGAGCACGGGGAGGGAGGCAGACACAGCGGUCUACGUAAGCCUGCCCGUCUCCACGCCGUCCCACGCUUCGCCAGGAGUCGUAGCUAUGACGACCGUCUGGAGAGCGAAACUGACGACUCUGGCGUACGUGGUGUCAAUGGCACCAGUAGCGGUGCCAACAGUCACAAUAGUCUGGAGGAUGACUCUAGCGACACGGGUUUCAAGCGCGGCCCGGGACGCUUCGCCAAGGUCGCUGCCGUCGACCGAGCCGCUAAGCGCGACGGUAAAAAUGACAUGCACGACAUGAACAAUGGAAAAAAUAUCCGCAAGGCGGAUAUAGUCACGAACGGGUUUGGUAACGUCAACAAAAUCAUCUCUAAGCAAAUGAAUAAGUGUUCAGGCAUGGUCAGUGGACCUUCCAACAUCACUUUAGACUGUCGUAACGUGCACGGUGAGAAACGACGACGGUCGCGUAUUGACGUGGAUGACCCGUUCAGAGAGUGUAGUGUGGAGAGCAGCCUAGAGGCCAUCCAUGAGCACGAGCCAUCUAGAAGGAACGGCGCGAGUGACUCUCAACAAACCAGAUUAGGACUCGGCAAAAAGAACGGGUUGACAGAAAACUUUGAAAGUGAAACGAAACUUCAUUCGCUGAAAGAAACUGCCUCAUCUGAGGAGUAUGACAGUGGUGUGAACUUUAAGAACGACGACAGUAUGGAUGAAUAUGUUAGAGACAGACAAAACGGUGGCUGUGAGUUUAACAGUAAUUUAGAGAGUGAUCGAACCCCGAGAAGUGACACGAGUACCUCGUCUACAACACCGCACAAACGGGAUCGCUCCUUAGAGCGUUUGCGGUCAAAAGGUGAAGACCCGACCCCAAGAAAGCUCUCAGGUGAGCGGAACCUCCCUUGCUGGGAUCGCUCGCUCGACAAGUUGGACAAAAGCAGGUCACAGGAGAGAGAGGGAAGGUCAGGUCUCACUCAUUCAUUAGAUAAACAGGUCUCCCCUGAUCGCCCCAAAUCCGCUAAAUCAAUCGGAGAACCGCUCAAGAGCAACCUCAAGGUCGGCUAUGGUGCCAAACUUAAUUCCUCGUUCGACUAUCGCACUAAUCUAAACCAGGAUCAGCUUAAUAAGUAUAGUAGCAACUGGAAUAACAUUAUCCUCAGUAAGGACAUCCCAAUCAAGUCUUCUAGUGCCAUUGCUGUGCCCCAGGCUGUUGCCAAUGGUCGAGAGUCGCGCUUCGCCAAGAACCCAUCUGGAGUGGUGGCUUCCCGCAGCGCUGGUCACCUGGCUAACAAGACUGCUGUUGCCGCUCAAAAGAAGGCCGACCCCGUUAACUGGGCAGUAGUGGGUGACUCGAGAAAGAUUUCCAGCUCGAGCCAGGACCGAGGUGCUUCAAAAAAAUAUUUGCGAAGCAAAAGUCUCGAUCGCAAGUACCUGGAAGAUGAUUCCAGCGACGAAGAUAGUGACUUCGAAACUCGCCGCAGGACAGACCGCGUAAGGCGGUACCAGCGGGCCAGUCAAGACUGGGAGAUGGGUCGCUUACGGGGUGGCGACGACAGAGGUAGACAGAGAGGCAAGGAUAUGACAGAUUUCAAGCCACUGAAGCGUAACCCUCCAGUCAGCGGUCAACCCAUUAAGGCAAGGAGUGUAUGGGACCUCUCUGGAUACUUGAAGAAGACUCAUGAUGAUGAAUUUGACGAUUUUGACGAUGUUGGCUUCCGAACGCGGAGUGACUUUCGCAAUAGGUGGCAGAGCGAAGGUGACGACGUGACCUGCCUGAGGAAGCUGAGUGACAACACCGAGUUCAACCAUAAACAAUGGAACAGGCGGAGUUGCGACUUUGAGUUAGAGUUCCAGAACGAGGACUCUGACCGCAGAUCUUGGGACAAAGCAGACAUUGACCGCAAGAGGUGGUAUCGCCGUAGCUGCGACCUAGACCUGGAUUUUGAAUUCCACAAUCGACAACGUCGAGAAGUAGAGUUCGACACGGCAUGGGGCCAGGAGACCUUAGAGGACUGUGACGAAUAUGACCCGGAACUCGUAGAAGCUAAAGGGAAGAGGAGCCGCGCAUGCGUAGAGGACUUUAUGGUGUGUGACAGUCGAAGAGGCCAAGACGAUAAGGGUCGCAGAACUCGUCUGGACGAUGUGAAUGACCUCCGACUACACCUCGAGGACGACCAAGAACGUCGCACUCGACUCGAGGAUCACUAUCGUUCCAAGACCAGCAUGGGCUCACACGCGCGAGACAAACGGGAGAGAAGUCGCACGCCUCAUCUUCUCCGCGAGAACGGGGUGUUGAGCUUCGAGAAUCCUAACUACACUCUGGGCGGCGCUAACGAUCCACGCCUUGACGACGCCCUCAACAGUAACAACGGUCCAGCUACCCAUGACGGCCCUCUGGACGGUGGAUUGGCGGCCCUAGACUCUCUCUAUACUGAGUUGGACCACGUGUGCAACCUGACCAGGUCAUCCAGUAUCCGCACACGCCGUCACUAUGCCCACCUGGACAUCGGCUCCAUGGGGGUCGACGUAGCCACGGGCCCCGUCACCAACCUGGACCAGGCUGAUCACCAGAACAACAGGUAAGUCCAGUCUACCAAACUGUA